AUGGCAACAGGCAUCCACUGUCUGAAACUGAGAGAUCACAUCCUCGACAACCAACAAGAAGACAAGAAGCAGACAGCAAACUUGACAUAUUUUGUGUGUACCCAGUUGAAAGUUGUUAGAAAUAACAGUCAAGUACCUAAGCUGCUUUAUCUCACCACGACAAAUGAAAGCAGAGUGCUUAUUACUGGUCAUAGAGGCCAGCCAUAUACAUAUGAUACCAAGGCCAAAAAAAUUAUUCAGUGGAUUAAAACGAAGACUAAUUUGGAAGCAAAGAACACUGUUAUCGGUGGAUAUUACCCCUACCCACCAGUUCCAGAGACAUUUUCCAAGUAUAGUCGCUUUAUUAAAGCUGAGUCACUCUUGACAACAAUAAGUGAAGUGAGGAAGGUGAUUGAAGACUUGCAGUACAGGGAACAAAAGCGCAUUGCAAUUCAGGGGAUAAUUACUGCUAUAAAGUACAUACCCUAUAACCACUCAGUGAAAAGUGCCCCAGCAUCAGAAACACUUCAGAACGCUAGUCCACCCUCAACAUCUCAAGCAGCUGCAAAAGAAGGUCAUUAUCAUGAAAGAGGGAGUAAAAGGUCUCAAGAUGACAGGCCAAUGGGUUUUCUGCCUAUGGUUUUGAGUCUCUGCGCAAAAAGAAAAAUUCUUCAAGGCCCAACUGCGAAUCCGGUUCCUGUUCCUCAGCCACAUUCUUCUGCACAAAUGAAAGGAAACAAUCCCAACAUACCAAGUCGAGAAAAUUUAACUGCUAAUGCCACAGGGAAGUUCAAAAGAAUCAUAAACGAUAGAUGGGAGAGUCAGCUGUGGCGAGAUAAGAAGUUUAGCUUGAGAGACCACCUACAUUAUGGUCACGUCGAUCCUGAAAGUAUUCCACGGAAAUUUAUUUUGGGGCAUGAAAAGUUUCUCACCCAGCAGUUUAAUUCUCAGCCUGCAAAAUAUGUACCACCAGAAGGAAAGCCCCCAAAACUGGAUGAAUUUCAGAGUGCCCGAAGCCUUGGACAUUUUGAAGUAACCAUCCUAGGUUUGAACCAUGAGAUUGCGAUUGAUGUUGCAUUUCUACCUAUGUAUUCUCCUGAAGAUGUUCAAACUUCUCAAAUCGACACAUUUUUGACCUGCAUGAAUUACAGCUGUGUGUAUCCACCUUGCGCACCUGUCAGUGGAAGGGUGCCUUCCAAAAUCCGAUGGCAGGGGACUCACUCCAUGGCAAGUGACAUUGUAAAGGCAGCAGCUGACCUGGAUAGAGUCCACAUCAUCGGUAUCUUGGAUAUCUGUAAUUUGGGUAACAAUAAAGUGGAAGUCUGUUUGCAGAAAAUUUAUACUCCAGAUAAGGUUCUUAAAGAUUAGUAGGCAAAACAAUUACAGGUUCUAAUUAGUAUACUGCUUUAAAGAGAACCUAUUAUUUUCUUGUUAUUUUCAUCAGAAUAUUACAUGACCUUGAAAGUUAAGUGGUUUUCAGUUCAUCUUGUAUUUAGCACUCACAUCUCAUAUCAGAUUCAUUAUUGAAAAAAAGUCCAGUCAAUUUUAUGUGUCAAAAAUUACUUCACUUGUAUGUGACUGUUAUCUUAACUUGUAACAAUUUAUGUUUGGAAUAAAUUCUUUGGCAAAGUGUACUUUUAUUCCAAUGUCUCUGUACAAGGUACCUUGGCUUAUACAAUUUAGCAGCUUUCUGAUUUCAUUCACAUACAGUGAUAAAUCUUACAUUGAAAAUUCAAAGACUGAGGUAUCAUUCUUCUAAAGUGACC